ACCUUUUCUUUUCCUCGAAAGGACAAAAAAAUCAGAAAAAGGCUAAGAGGGUGUGUAGGGAGCUGCCAAUCUGAUUUAUAAGAAGGAGAAAUAUAUAACUUGUCUGUAAAGGAAGAUCACUUCAGCAAGACAUCUGGGAGUGAUAGAUUUAAUAACUUCUAUGUUGUUGUUUGUGAGUUUUUUUUUUUUGAAUUUAUUUUUGAAUAGUUUGCCAUCUUGAAAACUGAGCACUGCCUCAAAUACCCCCAUCUCUCUCAAGUGUCUGGAAUAGAGACUAUCAUCAUCUCCUCAUCAUUUUGGGGGAUCUCUUGAGAAAAUGAAGCAAAGAAUGUGCUGUCUUCUCAUUGCUAUUCUGCAGACUACAAGCUGGAUUCAUGCAUCAUCAACCACGUCUUUAGAAUCUCAUGAUUUUGUUCCUCAUCAACAAGGUACUGUUCCAGAGUUCUCGGGGGCACAUAACUUUGAGUCUAAACAGGGCGGUGUUGAAAUCGGCAAUGGUGGAGUAGGUAAUGAGCGAGAAGAAUCGUAUAGUAGUAGAAUGAUGGGAAGACUUGGAUCGAGGCCACCGAAUUGCGAACGCAAGUGCGGAGGGUGCAGGCCAUGUGUUGCCACUCAAAUCCCAGCAACGACGGAUAAACUGGGGAUUCAGUACACCAAUUAUGAGCCUGAAGGAUGGAAAUGCAAAUGUGGGUCCACUUUCUUCAAUCCAUAAAUGCUACCAUUUAAGUAUUUAAACCACCGUUUCCAUAUAGCACUCUCUUUCUUUCUCUCUCUACAUGGAUGUAUAGUCUCAUUUUGUGUUUUAUCCUCCUUAAAUUGGAAGGGAUUGGGUGCGGUGUUGAUCUUUUACGGUACUGACUGCGACACCUUAAAAAAAAGUUUAAAAAUUACGGUCCGUUUUUGUUGUGAAAGUGAAUGGAAGGAGUAGACGACUUAGCUAUAGCUAGCCAUGUGGUGCAAGUUGAAUUUUGAGUUGGACAGAGAUUCUUCAUUUUCACAUUUUCAUGGACAAUGGACGAAUUUGAGCCCAUGGACCAUUGUUGAAUUCGAUUGUAGACAUUAUUUUAGACCUUUGUUUGAGUUUUCCAGCUCCCUCAGGAUUCGGAAUCAUAAGAAUAUAAAUCAGUUU